AAGGAAUACCUGCUUCUGCUUCGGCUUCUCUGAAACAGAAAAGAAGAAAAGCAAAACAGACUGCUGCAAUUGCUCCGUUCCGUUUGUCGUCGUUGUUAUCGUCGCUGUUCGUAGUUUAUUCUUCGUUUGUCAAAAUGGAAAUAAAAUUAUAAUCGAAAAUUUCCAUUCUUACAUUGAAAUUCAAAACAAUAAUUGUUUGUUGUUGUUUAUUUUUCCUCCUUGAAUAAACAAGAAACGAUCAAAAGUUUUUCUUUUCAUAAAAAAUUAUUCUCUGUUCUAAAAAUAUCCAAAAUCAAAUUAAAUAAUCUUAUAUAUUUUUCUCUGCUUUCAAUGUACCUAUAACUGUGAUUCCUCAAUGGACAAGAAUAUACAAAAUAUAUAAGUAAAGUUAAAAGUACAAAGUGUGUGAUAUAAUAAUUCCUCGUUCUUGUCCACCGGCAGCAGCGGUAGCGGCAGAAGCGGUGGCGGCGACUGCCACCUUCGCCCCCUCAAUCUACAAUAAUUUUCAUCUGUAGCAAAGUAUACAUUUUUCCCACGACACGCGUCGAGAUGAUAAGCACCUGAAAAAUAAAAAAAAAAAGAAAAGAUUAUUAACCAACAAAAAUAGAAGGCGAACCUUCAGUGUCUCGGUGAAGUGGAGUUUUUGAGUUCUAAAUUUGGGUGCAUUUUCGCAAUGAUUUGAUUUUGCUUUGGAAAACACCCUAAAAAUGUAUAAUUAAUCUAGGCAAGAGAUUAGUACUUCUAAAAAAGAAAAGUAGAUACACUGAUUUUUCCAACUUCGAUUAAAGUGUAUAUAAAAAGGCAACAAAAACAAUUUCAAAUCUGCAAGUCGUCGUCUUUGUCGGUUGUCUGUCGGUCGGUUGGUCGGUUGGUCGGUCGUCGGUAGAUAUAUUGCAAAAGCUUGAUGAGCAAAAAAGAAAACAAAAUAUCAACGGCAGCACUACCACAAUCUGCUUCCUUUGACGAUUAAGAUCUCAAAUUCACAAUAAAAUAUAAUAAACUUUCCUAUUUGUUCCUAUGAGUCCAGUAUGAAAAACAGUGAUGGGAGGUUUUCUGGAUAAACCGAAAACAGUCAAACACAAUGACCAUGGCGAGGGCAAUAAACUAUUGUUCGGCGUCAGCUCAAUGCAAGGAUGGCGUUGCGAAAUGGAAGAUGCCUAUUACGCCCGUGCCGGCUUAGGUGAAUGUCUUGAAGAUUGGAGUUUCUUUGCAGUAUUCGAUGGCCAUGCUGGCUGUAAGGUGUCGGAGCAUUGUGCAAAAUACCUGCUCGAAUAUAUUAUCAAAACAGACGAAUUCAAAAAUGGCGAUCAUGUAAAUGGCAUUCGAACUGGCUUCCUGCGCAUCGAUGAGGUUAUGCGAAAAUUGCCAGAAUUCGUAUCUGAUGCUGAGAAAUGUGGUGGUACAACAGCGGUAUGCGCAUUUGUAUCACCAAAUCAAGUGUAUAUAGCAAAUUGUGGAGAUUCGCGAGCGGUACUUUGUCGAAAUGGGGUGCCUGUAUUUGCGACACAAGAUCACAAACCCAUACUGCCUGAGGAAAAGGAGCGAAUAAAUCGAGCCGGUGGUAGUGUGAUGAUAAAACGUGUCAACGGUACGCUGGCCGUGUCGCGAGCACUGGGCGAUUUUGAUUAUAAAAAUGUAAAAGAGAAAGGUCAGUGCGAACAAUUGGUGUCGCCUGAGCCGGAGAUAUUUUGCCAAAUUCGGGAGGAUGCCGAUGAGUUUCUUGUAUUGGCAUGCGAUGGUAUAUGGGAUGUUAUGACUAAUGAGGAUGUUUGUAGUUUUAUUCAUUCGAGGCUGAAAAUCACUCAUGAUUUGGUGAAUAUAUCAAAUCAAGUGAUUGACACGUGCUUACAUAAGGGUAGUCGUGAUAAUAUGAGCAUAAUCAUAAUUGCUUUCCCCGGAGCACCUAAAACAACAGCAGAAGAUAUUGCCGCUGAAAAACGGUUGGAGAAACAAAUCGAGAAAAUCACGAGAGAGGAGUUGUCAUGUGAUGAGAAUAGGGAAUUUUUCGACUUAUUACAAAACCUUCAAAGCAGAGAAAUUGAAGGCCUACCGCCCGGUGGGGGCUUACAUUCAAAAUAUCCAAUUAUUGAAAGGAUUUUUAAGGAAUUUUAUCCAGAGGAAAAAUGUGAAAGUACGUGGCAUUGAUUUCCGGUUAAGCCUUUCAUAAAGUGCAAAAUUCUGCUGAAAUUACCAAAUAAAUUAAAAAAGAAAAGAAAGAAAACACAAAAAAAAAACAAAAGAAAACUUAAAUCCUAAGUAAAUUUUUAAUUUAACAAUAAAAAAACAAAAAAAAAAACAACAUUAAACCAACAACAAACACAAAUUUAAUAAAUAAAAACAAAAUUCACAAAACAAAAACAGAAGAUGAAACAAAAAAAGCCUGCAAUUACAAUUAAUUUAUAACAAGAACCCAUAUAAUAAGCAUAAUAAAGGAAAUAUAAACAAAUAAAUAAAUGUAGUAGGGUUUAAAACAAAACUUAUUAUAAGGACAGAAUCAAGCGAUUAACGGUUUUCUUCUGCAGACGAAAAACACAAGAAAUAAAAACAAAACAAAAAAACACAACUUAGAGAUAGAUUAUAAUGAAACACCUACUAAACUAUUACUACUAUUACUAAAUGUAUAGAAACAAAAACCUUUUUAUGUACUUGUACUUUAAAUAUUUUAUAUUUCGUAUAUUUUCCACAUUAAUUAUUGUUAAAUCAUGACAUUAGUCAUAUUAUUAAAAUGAAAAACAUAAAAAACUAAAUAAAUACCUACACUUAAAUUUGUUUGUCUUAUAUUUUAAUUAACUUAAUCAAUUUAUGUAUAUUCGUUUUUGUUUUUUGGUAUAAAUAGAAAUGUAAAAUCUUAAUUGAAGACUAAACCUAUGUUUAAUUUAACUUACUUUGUUUUAUUUGACAACUGUCCCUAAUGGUUAAAAAAAGGUAAUCAUAAAUCUUUUUUAAUUGUAUGUCAAAAAAUAAUUAAUAACAUAGAAGGGAGAAAGCUUAAAGAAGCUCAAUAUAGCUUACAUAAUAUUCUCUCCCUUUUUAGAGAAACAAUAACAACAAAAAGGAAACAAAUAUUUAAUAAAAUAUUAAAAUGACUUAACAAAGAAAAGAAAACAAAAUAACAACAAAAUAUUUUUAUCGAGCUGUUUCUUUUAAUUUUGCUUAAAAGUUUCUUGCCUGAGAACCCCAUCGUCCUCCAGCAUCACUUACUGUUUAAAACGUACAAAAUAGAAAAGUUUUUUUAUUUAAAUAUUUUUUUUUGUAUUUUUUUUUAUUUAAAAAAGUCAAGAAAACCAACAACAAAAAAAUGAAACUGUAUGAAUGUGUAUGUGUGUUGUCCAUCCUUAUAUUCAUUGUUCAGUAAUAAAUUAAAAUAAAAUAAAAUAAAAACAAAUAAAACAAAAAGAACACAUCAUGAAUUUAUAGAACAAAACAAAUUGAUUUAUUAUUAUUAUUCAUUAUAACAAAUUAAUAGACAUCCACAAAUGGCUGUAAAUUGUGUUUCGACAAGAAGCGUACAUAUAUACAAAUAUUUUCCUAUAAAAACAAAAAUUAAUAAAAAUAUAAAUUGUUUUCCUGAAGAAAAAAAAUGAAAAUUUAAUGAAAAAAAAGUAAUUAAAAACAAACAAACAAAAAAAAAACGCAAAAAAUAAAAUAAUAUGUAAAACCUUAUUGAAAAAUGUAAUAUGAAAAAUCAUUACAUUUGUUAAAUUGUAAUAAAGCGUGAAUUGAUAUUACCAAAAAAAGA